AUGUUUCAACAAGUUGACGGCGAGGAGAAGGGAAAUACCAUGGUUACCAGUGCGUUGCUUAGGCGUGCCUUGAGCCGUCCGGAACCAGCUUUAGAUGUCGACAAGCAUGCCACCAACUACUCGAAAUUGCCCUUGACUUCGAAUGAGCACCAUUAUAGGCCCCUUGCCACGCGAUGGCAAAUCCUCGCUGUGAUUUUGUUUGGACUUCUUUCUUCUGUGGCUGUCCUCGAGGUCGGGCUGGAGAAAGGGGUAAAGUAUGGAGCUAGUUUAAACCACCAACCUUCGACCAAGAGACAUCAUGUCGAAGACUUUGACACACUGAAAGCAGCUGCUGUACCUGAUGGGAUCAAAAUGCCCGCUACAUCAACCUACACAAGUCGACCAAUGAGGCCACCACACCCAUGGUCUUUACCUGGAACCGACAGUACUCCUCGGUCCUUGAUUGGGUCUCGAAAGACUCUCACUUUCCUUCACUCAAACUCAACUGCCAAUAGCUAUGAAUCCGAAUCAACUUCCCCGUCAGUUGUAACGACGACAGCAACCGUGACUGUAACUCCGAGCAUCGAUUGUGGUAUUACAGGGAUCAUAGCUACGUCAAGUACAACCACAGUUUUCCAAACGACCACGAUUACACCGGGGUCUUCUCCGACAUAUAAUUCCUCGCACUCUGACCGAUCCUCUUCAGUCAUGCUCGUGGAACGUGGUGCCAGCUGGGAGGAUAUUACCAAAAGCAUGACUGCGAUGGCGAUAACAACGACGGCGCCUAGCUCCGCAGACCCAAGUACUGUAACAGUGGAAGAAACUAUCACCCUAACAGGGGCCUGUGCUGCAGCUGCCGAUGACUACAUAUUCACUACGACUGUAUUGCAGACUAUCAUCGCCCGAGACCUUCCGCUGGAACCUUCGGAUAUGGCUGGAGACGACUGUGGCACUAGCAGUGUUGAUUCGAUAAGAAGUUCGGAAUUGCCCAUACCAACAACGUCUGAACUCACCACUGCGACCGUGCUCGUAUACUGCGCAGGACCUCCAGUGAUUACUACGAGAACAACCACGAAAACCGAACAAACUACUUUGGGGAUGGUGGUCGCUUCUAUCGACACUUCUGCUACAGCCUCCAAUAGCGGACGUGCAUCAUCAAUUAGUCCCAAUGCAAACGCCACUACUCCUGAGAUCCCCUUGACGGAAUCAUGCGAUACCCUAGCUCCAAGUCCACUCUCGGCAGAUGUCACUCUGACUACUACUGUCGCGGCCCAACCGCAAUAUGUGUACUAUGUCACAAAGACCGAAAUGCAGACAAUUCUUGCUCCGGCUCUUGUGCGGAGAUCGACUGAUCAUGCUAGCAUCUCAAAUUCACUAUCGACUCCAGCGGGAUCGAGUCUGCCCGCUUCGGAACUAGACUCAUCGUUGUCGACGUCUACUUCGACCACAAUGCCAAUUGUAACAGUGAAACCGGAUCGACAGAGACCUAACGAGGUAGAUCUGGGUAUCGCCAUAACCCCUCUUCAACAUUUCAGGGCCAUAUACAUACCCACCUUGACUGCAGUCACAUUCAAACUGCUCUGGAGUACAGUUUUUGCGUCUAUACGAAUGAUGGAGCCUUUCUACCUGUUGGCCAGGAAAGGUGGUGCAUCAGCCAAGAUGACUUUGAACGCAGACUAUCUGACCUCCAGUGUUUCGCCACACAAACUACGGACUUUGUUCAGGGAAUCUCCUGUGGUGAUACUGGCCAGUCUAGCGUACCUGGUCUUCAGUAUAUUACCUGCUUUGGCCACACAAGCAUCGACCAUCAGAGCCAGCAGCAUCUGCUUGCGUCCUGAUGGCAUGCAGGUGCAUUGUGGCCCCAAGUGGGAGCUCAAUGUGACUUAUGCAAAGGCACUUCAAGGUCUGUUGUCUGCCGUGGCUUUCAUGAUCGGGGUGAUAAUCUGGUUGUCCGCCCGACGCCCGAGUGGUGUCUUUUCAAACCCAUCGUCAAUCGCUGCCAUGGCUUCACUUCUCAAUAAUGAUGCCUUUGUUCAAGAUCUAACGGCGAACCACUCGGACAAACAAUCCACAUUGGCAUCAACUCUUUGUGAGAGACGAUAUGCUCUUUCAUCUCAUUUUACCCCGGACGGAUCUAUUCGGUAUGGGAUGGGGGAGGUGGUCGAUGACUCUGUAGAACAACAACAUCCUUCUCCCGAAGAAGAAACUACCGAACAAUCAUCGGUCGACAGGAAGAAGGUUGGUGGGCUGCUGUCUCGACUGAAGACUUUGAAACCAUUUAUCCUGGAAACAGCCUUGUUUUUGGCACAGAUUGCCCUUCUCUGCGUCUUGUUCUCGUACUAUUUCAUCGACGCCAACGAUGCCUUCAACCGUUUCUUUCUGAGCAACCCUCUCCGAAGAUUCAUCCUCACCUUCAGUGCGAGUCUUCUCGACGCUCGCUGGAAGCAGCUGGAGCGGGAAGUCCGGAUCAUGACUCCCUACCGACGCCUACACGCCGGAUCCGCUUCGCCGUCCAACACGAUCCUCGUGACCCAAAACGGUACGGCCAUCACGAGUAUCGCCCCGGCCCUGUGGCGUCGAAACCUUUUCCACGCCUUUGUCGCCACUGUCGCGACACUGUCCGAUCUCCUGAUCAUCUUCAUCGGUGGCGUUCCAUUCUCUUCGGCACAGGUUCUCAAGGACUAUUACAUGUGUAUACAAGUUAGUAUCACGAUUUUGUGCUUGAUGGUGGCGACGGUGCCGGCGAUAAUCGUGUGGAGAGUUCAGAACUCGCGGAUGAAGAUGCCUCGUGGGCCCGACACUCUACUGGCCGUUUGGACGAUGCUGUGCAAUCAAGGCAAUGGCAUUUGUGAGGAGACGAGAGGUAUGGAGAAGAUGCCUGCGAGGGACAGAGAUAGAAUCAUUGUCCAAAGAGGUUCUCGAUAUUGGGCCGGUUGGAUCACCACACAGACGUCACACUCGUCGUCCAAGGCACUACCGUGGGAAAGAGUAGACUUUUUGAUUGAGCGCGACGGUAUUGACUAA